CUUCGCCCGUUUGUGCCUCCCGACGCGCCCUUCGCCCGCCGACAGAGCCGCGCGCACUCUCGUGUUCUCCUGCGGCCCGGACACAUAGUAUGAUCAUUAGGUGUUUCGUCUCCCAGCCAUUUUCUAUGGAAAACCAAGGGGAUCGGGCCAUGAUAGCCACUGGCAGCUUUGAAGAAUGGGAUGCCUUUAAAGAAGCUUGAUCUUGAAGGCCUCAGUGUGAGACCUUACAAAGCCGGAUUCCGGCAGAGUUCCUCUAUCUCGUCUUGUUGCUGUUUGAAGGUGCCCCUUCUCCAGUUUUUCUCCAUCUCUUUGGAGGUAGCAGGAAAGCAUCAUGGUGGGGUUCAAGGCCACAGAUGUGCCCCCUACUGCAGCGGUGAAGUUCCUGGGGGCUGGCACAGCCGCCUGCAUUGCAGAUCUCAUCACCUUUCCCCUCGAUACCGCUAAAGUCCGGCUGCAGAUCCAAGGAGAAAGGCAAGGGUCAGUGCACACUAUGGCCAGUGCCCAGUACCGCGGCGUGCUGGGCACCAUCCUGACCAUGGUGCGCACUGAGGGCCCCCGAAGUCUCUACAACGGACUGGUUGCCGGCCUGCAGCGCCAGAUGAGCUUCGCCUCUGUCCGCAUCGGCCUCUAUGACUCUGUCAAGCAGUUCUACACCAAGGGCUCUGAGCAUGCCAGCAUCGGGAGCCGCCUCCUAGCAGGCAGCACCACAGGUGCCCUGGCUGUGGCUGUGGCCCAGCCCACAGAUGUGGUGAAGGUCCGGUUUCAAGCUCAGGCCCGGGCUGUAGGUGGUCGGAGAUACCAAAGCACUGUCGAUGCCUACAAGACCAUCGCCCGAGAGGAAGGGUUCCGGGGACUCUGGAAGGGGACCUCUCCCAAUAUUGCUCGUAAUGCCAUUGUCAACUGUGCUGAGCUGGUGACCUAUGACCUCAUCAAGGACACCCUCCUGAAAGCCAACCUCAUGACGGAUGACCUCCCUUGCCACUUCACUUCUGCCUUCGGGGCGGGCUUCUGCACCACCGUCAUCGCCUCCCCUGUCGAUGUGGUCAAGACGAGAUAUAUGAACUCUGCCCUGGGCCAGUACAGCAGCGCUGGCCACUGUGCCAUUACCAUGCUCCAGAAGGAGGGGCCCCAGGCCUUCUACAAAGGGUUCAUGCCCUCCUUUCUCCGCUUGGGUUCCUGGAACGUGGUGAUGUUCGUCACCUAUGAGCAGCUGAAACGGGCCCUCAUGGCUGCCUGUACUUCCCAAGAGGCUCCCUUUUGAGUCUCUCCUGCUGCUGACCUGAUCACCUCUGGCCGUGGCUGUAGCUCCGGCCGGGCCCUCCAUCCCUUUUUCUCCCUCCCCUUCCCUCUUUCCCCCUUUUCCUUCUGUUCCUUUUCCACCACCUCCCUUCUCCCCACAUUAUCACCCCCUUCCCUACAUUAUCUCCCCAUUGUCUCAGUGCUGGUGGAGUUGACAUUUGACAGUGUGGGAGGCGUGGUACCAGCCAGGAUCCUCAGCCCUUGAUCCCAUGCAAAGUUCAGCCCGAAUCUUCAUUCUGCCUCCCAGCCCAGCCCACAAUGUCACCCAUAAAGCAAGCUCAACCUUG